UCCACCAGACAUGGCGACUAUCUUCUUUGAGACUCGUAAGAAGGACAACAAGCUUCUCGAACCUGAAACUAAUAAAAAAUAUGAUGAAAUUCAAGAACUACUACAAGUUGAGCCGUCGCUUACUAAUAUCGAGGUGGUAGAAAGAUGUUUCGGACCUCAAAGCAAGAGUCAUGUGAUUGGAUUUGGUGGUGGGAUAACCAGUAGGGAUUUGAAAGGAGGUAGCGCUGCAAAGACUGCACUGUUAGAAGAGCUAAAUACGAGUCGAAAGGAAAAGGCUGCACUAUUAGAAGAACUGAAUGCGACUCGAAAAGAAAAUGAAUCAAUUAAAAGACGCUUGGAUAACAUAGAGAAGAAAUGUGAAAUGUUUGAUAGUGCAAUCUUUAGAGAUCCUUCAUCACCACCAUCAUCAAGUGAAUAAAGUAAUUGCUGAAUCA